GUCCUUUAUCCCACAAUCCUUUUAAGUGUUUUGUCUCCUUUUUUCCUCAUUAUGAACACGAUCAGAUCACAGCUGCAUGCUGCAUCUAAACAAAAAGCAACCAAGUCCAUUUAGGCAAACCUGCUUCCUGCUUUUGAAAAGACCAUUCAUUAUUUUUUCCCCAGGCUGUCAGAACCUGAGGUCAGAAGUGGUGAAAGCCCACAUGAAGGAGGACUCCACAGACAGAAGGAUUUCUGCUCCAACAGACGAGUGGAUCUGAGGAAAGAGAACAUCUGGCUGAGGAAUCCUCAGAGGACUGAAGCUGCAGAUUAACAAGGGACAGUUAUGUCAAGUGUCCUCCUCGUCCUCCUGUCCCUCUUCCCCUCGGUGGUCUCAGUGCCCCCUCCCAGUGUCCCCACAGCCACCUGCAGACAAUGCUGUGACCACCUMGGUGCGGCAGAGAGCAGCGGAGAUCAGCCAAGUCCAGGAGAGUUCAGCAGAGUCCCAGAGAUCCGCACCUACAUCAAUAUGACCAUACUGAAAGGUGACAAAGGAGACCGUGGAGACAGAGGGACUCCAGGGAAAGCUGGACAGGAAGGCCCUCCAGGCUCCCAGGGCCCCGAGGGGUCCAAAGGCAGUAAGGGUCAGGCUGGUCUUCCAGGAGACCCCUGUAAAGUCCAUCACUCUGCCUUCUCUGUGGCCCGCCGUAAAUCCCUCCACAGCAACGAUGUCUACCAGGCGCUGAUCUUCGACACCGUCUUCGUCAACCUGGARGACCACUUCAACAUGUUCGAGGGCAAGUUCCUGUGCCGGAUCCCGGGGGUCUACUUCUUCAACGUCAACAUUCACACGUGGAACUUCAAGGAGACGUACCUCCACAUCAUGCAGAACGACACGGAGCGGGCCAUCGUGUACGCCCAGCCCAGCGACCGCUCCAUCAUGCAGAGCCAGAGCCUGAUGCUGGAGCUGCAGCUGGACGACCAGGUGUGGGUCCGUCUCUACAAGAGGGAGCGGGAGAACGCCAUCUACAGCGACGACUUCGACGUCUACAUCACCUUCAACGGAUACCUCAUCAAAGCCACGGUGGAAUGAGAAACAGCACAAAAACAGGAAUSAGAUUAACCUGACACCCCGUACAGAAGAGGUUUCAUCAUCAAGUUUCCAAUGAAGUGUUUCUGUCUUAAAGACCAAAACUUUGUGAAAGAAAUGUUGUGUAGCAUAUAGUAUAUAUAUAUAUGUGGGCCUUCUUCCCCCUUUACUGUAGGACUAAUAAAACUGAAGGAAUUUUGAAGGAAUGGGAGCCAAAAAUCACAAUAUUUUAAUGUUUUGCAUUAUUAAAAACAUAAUUAUGAGUC